CGUUGCCUGAAGUGUUUUGCUUCUCCUGUAGUCUGGAGCCAUUUCUGCUUGGCACCGCUGCACUCUCGUUUUUUCGCAUCGUCGUCGUGUUUUUGUUUGUUUGUUUCUUUGUUUUUGUUGAAGCCCGCCGCUAUGGCCCACACAGCACAAGCAAAUGUCUUCGACGCCAACAACCCUCAAAUCCAGGUGGAACACGACAAAAAGCGUCGACAAUUUGUCAUUAGGCUAAACGGGUCGCACGAUCGUGCAGUUCUUCUGUAUGAAUAUGUUGGGAAGAAGACAGUGGACCUGCAACAUACUGAAGUACCAGAUGCUUACCGAGGGAGAGGAAUCGCCAAACACCUGGCCAAGGCAGCCAUGGACUUCGUGGUCGAAGAAGAUCUGAAAGCUCAUCUGACCUGUUGGUACAUUCAGAAAUACGUCAAAGAGAAUCCUCAACCUCAUUACUUUGAACAUAUUUACCAAUGACCUCACAUGGUGCCAAAGACAGAAAAGAGAAAGCGAGAGAGAGACACACUCUCAAAAGUGAGGUAUGCUUUGGAUUUCAAGGCUUACAUCCCACCUAGGACCUUCCAGGCAUUGUUUGAAGGAGCCAGAUGAGCUCCUUGCAAGAAACUUGAAUGCUGACUUGACUCGGUGGCAUCUAUCCACAACAAGGGCAAGCUCCUCCAACAGAAAUCAGCUGACUUGAGUCGAUUGUCUCUAUCAGAUGGAAAAGAUUCAGGAUGCGAAUUCCUCACCUGUGUGUAACAAUUGAAAUGGGAGUUGCGUUUUAUUUGCUCACAGGUAGGCAGAGCUCGUAAGGUGUAUGCACCUUUUGUUUUUCUUCAUGAUGGUUUGACAGCAUUUGACUUUUUACAAAAGUUGACCUUUGUUUGACCUUGCCACUGUUGCCAUGUUGUGUUGAGGCGUGGUCAAUUUUCAAGAUGGUCAUAAUUUAUGAUGUGUAAUCAUGAAAAUUGGCAGCAUACAAAGUAAUUCAUGCAAGACAUCCUUGCGCCAGUCUAAAGGAGAUCAGACAAAUCUAUGCGUGCAAGUGCAUUUUUAGCCUUGUGAGAAAUUCAAAAGCGACCACUGCGUGUCAUUAAUAGAUUGUCAAAACUAAUCAUCUGAACACCCCAUUUGAAAGUUUUGCGGGGCUGAAAUAUUGUUGCAAAUGUCGGGAUAUGUUAAUUCUCUAAUUAAAACAAUAUCAGAUAUAUAUCCCUGUGAUUCCCCUAUAUUGUAUAUUUACGCAACCUUUUUUUUUUUCUGUUAGGCUGAAGUGAACCGGUCUUCGCAGAAAUAAAACCACUUUAGCAAAGGGCGUGAUACCUUGGCUUGGUCAAGCCAAAGCUUGGAAAGAAUUCAGAUGAACUACAGGACACAAAUCAUUUUAUUUCUGACACCCAUGUGAUAGAUAGCCUGUCACUGUGACGUGUGCAAAUAAACAAACCAGCAUUUUUAAAACAGCACAGCUGCAUUCAGGGCAUUUCUAUUCAAGGUCAAACACAUCCUUUGUUGAUUCUAGAACUUGAACCGGAUGGCUGGAGUUUACUCACUGCGUUCCUAUUGUUGUGUCAUUCUUCGACACCACGAAGAACCGCGCUUUGGGAUUUCACAAUGAUAGAUAUCAUUGUGUUGUCAAAUCAUAAUCCCUAAAAUGUUUCACUGUGGUUUUCCCCCCUAGCUUGGCUCCCUUUGCUGUUGACAAUCUAGGUGUUGAGAAGCAAAACCUCAGGAAAUUCCUAACACUAUAGCAGCGCUACGUUCGCAUGUAGGGCCGACUGACUGCUUUGAGUGCAGAAAAUACUCGUUUACUGGGUGGCAAUCACCGAUUACUAGGCAAUAUUUCAUUUCUUGUUCAUAUGUAUGUAUAUGUGCGUUUUCUUGAGUUAAAUGACUUCACCCUUUCAAACAGUCACUUGACUGUGAAAAUGUUGUGUGCUUCACACUUUAUUGUACGAAUAAAGUCAUAAAACAUACAAAAAGGAAGAA